GCAGGUAAACAUUCAGUCUGUCAGACAUCUACCCUACAGGUUCGUCGGUCCCUGUGACGUCACCCGAUGGCAUUGCAUAGUGGUGUAAAUGAUGAGAGAGUCAGUUGGAGUGCAGGCAUCAUCAGAGCAGCUUUUCUCGUGGAGGCUUCUGCUGCUGUUUCUCAACACAUCUGGACUUUAUUUGCAUGGGCGACUCGAAUCACGCGAGCUGUGAUAUAUGACCAUGAGCGCGCACGGAAACAUGAUGUACGGGAUGGAUUUAUCGGAGGAUCAGAUCAAGGUUUUGGAGGAGAACUUCACAAAAGUCAGCAAACAUCCGGACGAAACCACGCUGAUGCUGAUCGCGGCCGAGUGUGGACUAAGCGAGUCGGAGACGGCGAAAUGGUUCAGGAUGAGAAACGCUCAGUGGAGGAAAUCAGAAGGUCUUCCAGCUGAACUGGGAUCAGUGAAGGAUUGACAGAUGCCUUCAGUUCUUCUACAUUCUUUAUGUUUCGUCCAUAGAUCAGCACUCUUUCUUUUUGCUUUCUUCAUUUAUGAGGACAUUUUCUGCAGCUUAAUGAUCGCUACUGGUUGUUCUGCGUUUUAAGUUAUAAUGAAAGCAAAGUGUAUGUAUGCUAUGUAUUUUAUUAAUAUCUUAACAACGUAUAUAAAGUAAAUGUACAAAUCUGUAUA